AGAAAAUACUCCUCUCGACAAAAAAAAAAAAAAAUUAGUAUAAAUUCAAGCAUUUACUUCGUUGAAUUUUUUUUUUUUUAACAUCUGAAGUCUACAGUUUUUGCAAUGGAUCAAUUGUCAGAAGAACAAAUUGCGGAAUUUAAAGAAGCUUUUUCUCUAUUUGAUAAAGAUAAUGACGGCACUAUUACCACAAAAGAACUCGGUACUGUUAUGAGAUCUCUUGGUCAAAAUCCAACGGAGGCAGAGUUGCAAGACAUGAUCAAUGAGGUCGAUGCUGAUGGUAACGGUACAAUUGACUUUCCUGAAUUUCUUACGAUGAUGGCUCGUAAGAUGAAAGAUACUGAUUCUGAAGAAGAGAUUAAAGAAGCCUUCAAGGUAUUCGACAAAGAUGGUAAUGGAUUUAUUUCUGCUGCCGAAUUGAGACAUGUCAUGACAAAUCUUGGUGAGAAACUUACUGACGAAGAGGUUGAUGAAAUGAUUCGUGAAGCCGAUGUUGAUGGUGACGGUCAAAUUAAUUACGAGGAAUUCGUCAAGAUGAUGAUGACCAAGUAAUCUAGUUUAUAAACAAAUAAAGAUAUUAUAACCCUUAAUAGCAAUAUAAACGAGCUUCAAAAUAAAAGAAUAGGUUAUGGUAAAAAUAAUUCGCUAUUUUAAUAUUUGAUAAUAUUUGAUUCUCGAUUAUACAUUUUUUAUUUUAUUUGUUUUUUUUUGUUUUUAUACAUUU